UAGCAGGAAGCAUCACAGAAACUUUUAGGCAAGACUAGACAUGACAUGAUGAUAAAACUCUAUUUUCACUUAUAUUACAAAUUCUACGGAAGAAAGAGUCAAGCAUUCACACUUGAUGGAAAAGACUUGUCUUUUCCUCUGGAGUUUCUAUCCACAUUCUUAAAUGUCUUUGCCGAUUUAUCUUCAUUAAACAUUGAAUAAAUCCCUCCCUCAAAACACACAGAGACUAGAAACCUUGAAAACUAUGCUUGAAGAAACCUUCCUCCUCAAAUGUUUAUCUGCCUUGAUCCUAAUCCAAUUACUUCAAACAUCCAGCGCAAGACAUAAUCCCCAAUGCAACCCUUCUGCCUGUGGCAGGAUUUCUAAUAUUAGCUAUCCUUUUCGAUUAACCGGGGAUGCAGAACACUGUGGUGAUUCCAGCUAUGAACUAGUUUGUGAUGACAAUAUUACUUCACUUUACCUAAAUUCCCGCAAGUACCAUGUGCAAGCCAUCAAUUACCAUAAUUGCACCAUUCGUCUUGUUGAUGCUGCCUUAAAAAAUGAUAAUUGCUCCCUUCCUCAGUGUUCUCUGUUUCAAUACAACUUCACUAAUAAUUUUCCAUAUACCAUCUACAGCAAGAAGUUGAAGUUAAACAAAUCAAUAAUGUUAGCUGAAGUAGAAUCGCGUUUUACUUUUAUGAGCUGGCCAUAUUACUUCAAUUCCUCUGUCUUUUCGAAAACUGCUAGUUGUAGCCACAAGGUCUAUGCUUCCAAUGAUUCUUAUUCAUCAACCGGAAGAUACAUAUAUGUUAAGGCUAGUGAUUUGAAUUUAACAGAUGUGGGAGAUAUGUGCAGUAUUGAUCUCACGGUGAUGACAUCGUGGCCAUUUAAGGAAGUGAAUAAUCUUUCGCAUUCAGACAUCCGUGGCUCUAUGCUAUAUGGAUUUGAGAUUUCAUGGUUUACUGUGCAAAGUAGCAUUUGCAGAAUGAACAAACAUUGCAGUGUUUAUGUUGAUAAUAGAGGAUCUAUCCAGUACUAUGUAGGCAUAAUUUCAUGGAAGCGCGUCGUGACUGACUGUAAGGAAUCUUUCCCUCUCUAGUCUUGCAAUACUUGAAAGUCAUCUGCUUGCACUCUGCAGUGCUUUUAACUUUUCAGAACACAUUUGAUACUUCAUAGUAAAAAGGUUGAACCCCAACCUUGAGGACCCCACCGCCCCACUCCUGGAGUAUUGUGAGGGAGGUAAAUCGCGGAAUGUGCCCCAACAGGCCAGGGAACAGGAGCUUGUCCGUACAUUGGUGCUUACAAAGAGUCUAAUUCCAUAUCUUAGGAAUCGAAUCCUCACAUUGCGGCUGCUAACAAGGCUGAUACUACCUCACUCCUAUCCUUUGCACCACUGAGUUAUGUCCCGAGGGGCGAUACUUCAUAGUAAGUAUUACUCUAGGGAGUUGUAUUAUUCCGAUAUGAUAACGCCAACUAUUGACCAUCGUCACCUGUGAUGGUCAACACGACCACGGUGGGGUUUGGGCGAAUAAGGAAGAUGAAGAAAUUAUUUUCUCGUUUCUUUUAAUUUAAUUAUUUUAAGCUGGAAAAUAUAAAGCUUGUUGACCCCGAAAAGUGCGCCAACAAAUGUCGGUCCCACCCGUGCUGGCGUGGGCGAAUGUCCAACACGCUAAGACACGUGGACAGUCUAAAAUGAACGGUUCAAAGGGGCGUGAGAGUAGCCCAACGACGCGGGACGGUGACGUUCGAAAUCCGACGGGUUGUUCGUGAUCCGAUUGUACAAUAA